CGCGCGUGACGUUGGUUGUUUAGAAUGGGGAAGUAUCGGAAGUAAACGCGCUGUUUUGGUCGCACCUCAUACUAAUCGGUUACCUGAACUAACAGUUUAAUAAUGGGGCUUUUCGGGAAGACACAAGACAGACCACCCAAAGAUUUGAUCAACGAAUGGUCGUUGAAAAUACGGAAAGAAAUGCGGGUAAUUGACAGGCAAAUAAGAGACAUUCAGAGGGAAGAGGAGAAGGUGAAGAGAUCAAUUAAAGAUGCAGCAAAGAAGGGACAGAAGGACGUGUGUAUUGUUCUUGCCAAAGAGAUGAUUCAGUCAAAGAAGGCCGUCAACAAACUCUAUGCCUCCAAAGCCCAAAUGAACUCAGUACUUCUCAGUAUGAAGAAUCAGUUGUCUGUAUUAAGAGUGGCUGGUGCAUUGCAGAAAAGCACAGAGGUCAUGAAAGCCAUGCAGAGCCUGGUUAAAAUCCCAGAGAUUCAGGCUACCAUGAGGGAUCUUUCAAAGGAGAUGAUGAAGGCUGGCAUCAUAGAAGAAAUGCUGGAGGACACGUUUGAGAGCAUGGAAGAUGGGGAGGAAAUGGAAGAAGCAGCAGAGGCUGAGGUUGAUAAAAUCCUCUUUGAGAUCACUGCGGGCGCCCUUGGAAAAGCUCCCAGCAAAGUCACAGAUGCUCUUCCCGAGCCGGAGUCGAUGGGGGCUACAGCGGCUUCAGAGGAUGAAGAAGAGGAAAACAUUGAAGAAAUGCAGUCAAGGCUAGCAGCACUGAGGAGCUAAAACGCCACAUCUUCAUCUCUUUCUGUCUACUCUGAAGCUCUAUAGGCAUAGACCUCAUCUGAGUUAUUGAACUAUUGAAUUGCUUUUUCUUCUAUUCGUCUCAUGUUUUCUGUAUGUUCCUCAAUGGAUUGGAUUUGUAUCAACAAUCUAUGUAAUAAUUUCACACAGAAAACAAGACGAGGAGAAUUGAUCUGGCUACAGAUUAAGUGGAGAACUCUGGCUCCCAGCUGGGUCAAAUUAACAGCAAUCUCAAGCAUUGUAGAGCAGUAAAUUUAUGGGUGCAUGGGAAUCUUUAUUUUCAAACAUAUUUAAUGAAGAAGUCAGUGAUUUCUGCUUUAAUUAAUAUGAGUUAAAAACAAGCUGAAUCUAUGCCUAUAGCUGUGCGACAUGACCAAGUAUCUGUUUUAAAGUGCAGUCAGCUUGGUGUUGGUCUUUGUUUGUCUGUCUUUAAUGUUAUCUUUACUGUAGUUUCGCAAGCCUUAUUUGCUGUCUAAAGCGAAUGCUUCUUCUCUUUACAAACAUUCAUCUGUUUGGCUUUACUGAGUUUGGAGACAUUCAUGAUAGCCACUGUAUGCAAACAUUUUAUGAAUAUAUAGAUAUUUACUUGAAUUGGCAACUACAUGAAAAAGCACUCCUACAUGUGUAACUGUGGAGAAUUGCUGUGACUAUGAUAAAUAUAGCUUUCACACCAGGGCCUUGAAUCAGAGCCAGUGUUCGUAAAGCCUGUCAGGGUGGAAAUUCACUCCUCACUCUCUGUAAAUCUGUCAUUUCAAAUGCAGAUUUUGCACUUAGGAGCAAUGAGCACUGCAGAAGUAACUGAAAGGGCUGUAUUAGCCAGAACACAGAGGCUGGAGUUCACUGUUGAAGUCCAAAAAUGUUUUAUCAUGUUUGAGAACAAUGAAAUUGGCUUUGUCAAACCUUUAUUUAACAAAAGUUGUAACUGACCAUUUCGUUAUUACUGAUAUUAUCUGUUUAUAAAAACGUCACAGCGAGUCAUCUUGCUGCAUAAUGCUGUUGUAAAAAUUGGCUACAUUGUUAUCAGGAGUGUAUCAAAUGCAGUGUAGCCUCCUAGUGCCUCAUAAAAAAAUCUUACUCCUACUCUAAUUCCUAACUUCACUUCUAAAAUUUUAAUGGGUAAUGGGUAGAGCCCCUGUUCUGUCUUUGUUUUGUUUCUGUUCCAUAUCUCUGUUUCAAAUUGUAUUUAUAAAUACGCUCAAUAUUUUUUGGUUUCUCAAAUGUACAAACAUUUUCAUUCAAUCAUUUUUGUUAACAUGAUUGAUUUGUAAAACACUAUCAGUGACAGUUUUGUGACGUGAGAUUGAGUUGCUACUUUUUUCGUUACAAUGCCACAAACACAACUGUUUCUUUCAGCACAAUACUGCAUUGUGUAUGUGUGUAGCUUUCUCUGUAGGGCCUUCCUGUAGAAAGCUGUAGAAAGCACUCAUAAAAGAUAAUAUAUCCAGCUUACUGGCAUGAGGCAGCAUUCUCUUAAACCUCUCCAUUUGUUUUUUAAGUCUGCUAGCUUUCAGACGGUUUGUAAUGUAGUUUACACAGAUGUUACCACCCUUUUGUAACCCUACAGAGUCACUUUUUGUGAACAGUUAACAGUUUACCCUGGUUGCAAAAAUUUUAUACCAGUCUAGUGACAAUAACUUUUCACCGUGGUUCACAAUGAUUUCCUGACAUUGUUUUGUACAGUCCUUGAUGGAUUGAGUGGUUUGCUUCAUUUCAGCCCUUUAAUAAGAAGUGUAAACUCCUGUGCAGAAGACGUUUUUUAUGUAUGUGCAAAACAUGGAAAGGUAAAGGAAUAAAUUUGCAAGACGGAGUCUGA